AUGGAGACCAACAGUGACAGCAAGCCCAAGGCGCAAAGACUCCCUCCCGGUCAGGCACCGCCACGGACAUUCCGGGAGCGCAUCUUCCACGCCUUACCUGAAUACUCGGGCCCGUACAGCGUCGGGACAAUGGAGAUUGAGAUACCCGUCCGCGCGCCCCGGGCCUUCUCCAACAUCAAGCGGGACCACAACCACGCUCUGCGUAUAGACACGGUCCUGUUCUCCAUGUACUACCCGUGCGAGCUCACCACGUACUCGAGAUCCGGCAAGAGGCCCUCGCGCGCGACCUGGCUUCCCCGGCCGCGGGUGCUCACGUGCAAAGGCUACGCCAAGUUCUUGAGCUUGCCACACUUGCCGGUGACGGCGUAUCUGGCAGCCACGUCCAUGUUCACGAAGCUGCCGGCCUUCCGCAACGCCGCACUGGCAAACCACAUCCCAGGCGAGACAGCCUCCGAGGACGAGCACUCCGACUCGGCGACGACGCUUACCGCCGAGCAGAUUGUCAACAAGCCCCGCUUCCCGGUCAUCAUGUUCACUCACGGCCUCGGAGGAUCGAGGACGUGCUACAGCUCCAUCUGCGGCGAACUAGCCAGCCACGGCUUUAUCGUGUGUGCCGUCGAGCAUCGCGACGGGAGCGGCGCGAGGUCCACGGUCAACAUCCCGCCCAGCAAUGAGCUGGCUGACGGUCACAAGAGAGACAACACGAAGCCAAAGGACUACUACGUCGUGGACUACAUCUUCCCACUUGACAACGCCCAGGACACGAGCCCCAACAAUGAUCGCGGCGUCGAUGUCGAGCUCCGCACAGCCCAGAUCGAGAUGCGCAUGGCGGAGAUUGAAGAGGCACAUUACGCGCUCGAGCUGAUCAACAGCGGCCAGGGCGAGCUCAUCUACAGAUCCAACCUGCGCAAGAAGGGUAACCCGGGCUCCAGCUCCAAGGGCCUCGACGACGUCAACUGGGAUGACUGGAAGGGGCGAAUGUACACCGACAACGCCACCAUCAUGGGCCACUCCUUUGGCGGCGCGACCUCCGUCCAGGCCUUGCGCGAGCACAAGCGCUUCCCGUGGAUCGGCCAGGCCAUCCUCCUGGACACCUGGGGCCCCGCUAUCCCCGUGGUCGACGAUCCUGCACAGCUCUCCCUCCGCAAGCCCCUGAUCUGCAUCAACUCGGAGACUUUUAUGCACUGGCCCGACAACUUUGAGCGCAUCGACGACAUCUGCCGGGAGGCCGUCCAGGGCGGUGCCAAGGUGUGGAACCUGACCAUGCGCGGCUCGACGCACCUCUCGCAGACGGACUUUGCCGUGCUCUACCCGAACUGGAUGUCGUGGUUCAUCAAGACCCUCAUCAACCCCCGGCGGGCAAUCUACCUGACCACCAACUCGUCGCUCGAGUACCUCCGCCAGGUGCUGCCCCGAGAGCAGAUCGCAGACAAGGCACACCUCUGGCAGGACGAGGGCAUCCUCCUCACCGAGGCGAUCAAGCCCGACGACAUCCCCGCCGAGCACAAGCCCGACCGCAAGUGGACGGCCGCGCGGCUCAAGAUCGACGACGAGUUCCGCGUGCGCCUGCGGGCGCUGUACCAGAGACCCCAGCCGAGCUCCAGGCUCGCGAUGGACGCGCGCGGGAAACCGCUCACCGGCGUCGUCACGUACGAGCUGGGCAACGAGGUGUGGAUGCAUCGCAGCCCGGGCAAGGAUGGGGUCGGCAACAGGAUCACGCCCAGGCGGCCGACAUUCAAUAUGCGCAAGAGCACGCACUACCUGCAGGCGCCGAUGGCGUAG